AGCUGUGUUGCGGUACCUUCUAAAUUAAUGCGUACAAAAACAAUUUUAUUUUGGUUAAACAAUAAAAAAUAUUACUGCAAUUAUAAGAAGUUUAUAAUGUCCAAUGAUUCAGGGACAAAGAGAAAUGGUGGUCUUACUAAAACAUAUCAAUGGCAACCUGCAGAUAUUAUAACCCAACCACACAAAGUCGGCAAUGGUCAUGUCUGUUUAGUACUUAAUCGAGAGAUACGAAUACCUCAACAUGUGGUAACGGAGUUAUGGCAAAAUGCUAGCGUCCGCUGUUGUAUUGAUGGUGGCGGUAAUCGUUGGCGCCAGUUUCUUAAAUUACACAAGAAUAUUGAGUGUAAAUUAAAGCCUCCAGAUAUGAUAACCGGAGACUUUGACUCUAUAACUGAAGAAACGAAACAAUAUUUUAAUAGCAAAGACACUCAAUACAUUCAUACACCCGAUCAAAAUGCUACCGACUUUAGUAAGGCUAUCAUGGCGGUCAGGCCCAUUUUAGUGGAGAAGCAUAUACAAGAUAUUAUAGUUUAUCAUGACACUUCGGGACGCUUUGAUCAAAUAAUGGCGAAUAUAAAUACAAUAUUUAAAUAUGAACAAGAUUUUUUCAAUAUUUAUUUAUUAAGCGGCAACUCCUUGACAUGGCUACUUAGGCCAGGCAAACAUUCCAUAACAAUACCCUCUGAAUUGGUACAAGAUAAGAGGUGGUGUGCCUUAAUACCUGUGGGUCAAGAGGCUACAAAUGUAACUACCAAAGGUUUAAAGUGGAAUUUGACUAAUCAUUGUUUGAAAUUUGGUGGCAUGGUUAGUACUUCAAAUACGUAUGCCUUGUGUGAGGUAGAAGUUGAAACCAAUACCCCCUUAAUAUGGUCCAUGGGUAUAUUUAAUUUUAGUGAUGAUUGACAUCUAUAAAUGGCGUAUUAUACUUAUAUAUAUAUAUAUACCCAGUUUUUGCUUGGAUUUGUUUUUAUCUGUGGUUAUGCAUUUUAUUAGUUGAAUUUUAUUUUACAUACAUUGUUUUUUAUUUUUAUUUAAUUUUUUAUUUGUUUUGCUGUAAAUAUAGUAAAUAAUACGUACAAAUGAAAUCCAUUACACAAUAUACAUAAAUAUUAAACACUGAAUUCUAAAUAUUAAA